AAUAUGGCGACCUCAGAGAAACAGGAUUGUGACAGCGACAAUGAAGAGAUAUUUGAAGAUGCAGUGGACAACAUUCAGAUAUCAUCGCCUACACCGUCCCACAAACCAUGUGACUUCAAUGGCUGUAUACAAGACUGUCAUAUGGCUCUCAAGCUAUUCCUCAACAACAAGUUUACAGAUGCCAAGAACAGAAUGGAGCCCCAUGUAGACUGGAGCAUGUACCAUGGCCUGGGAUAUGGGACCAUCAUGUACAUACAGGCUGUCAUGACCUUUGACAUGAAUGACAUCGAGGCUGCCAUACAGGCCAUCAAGCGAUCACUGAUUGUGUGCAACAAACAGAGGCGCAAGAUCUCCAUAUUCGGCUCAUUUAGUAGCGUCGCCAGCAAGAACUCUUACAAUGAACUCACAACAGAGGAAAUCCAUGCAGAGCUGUGCUAUGCAGAGUGUCUGCUUAUCCGCGCCCUGCUCACUUUCAUCCAAGACGAGAAUCUCAUAAGCUUUGUCAAGGGUGGGCUCAAAAUUCGGGAAUGUUAUCGAGUGUACAAAGACUGUGCAAAGAUCCUUGCUCACAGAAGGUGGGAUUCAGACAAACAGAAGCACCAUUUUGAGAGUGGAGUGAAGAUGGGAGUUGGAUCCUUCAAUCUGAUGAUCUCAUUGCUGCCAAGCAAAAUCAUGAAAUUGUUGGAGUUUGUAGGAUUCUCCGGAAAUAAGCAACUUGGUUUGAAGGAGUUGGAGCAUGGAAGCAGUCUAUUCACUAGUCUACGGGGCCCCUUGUGUUCUAUCAUACUUAUAGCUUAUCACACAGUUGUCAGCUAUGUUCUAGGGUUGGCUGACGGAGAUAUAGAUAUGGCAGAUAGAUUGUUACAGCCCUGCUUGCAACACUAUCCGAAGGGGGCAUUAUUCCUGUUCUUUGCUGGCAGAGUAGCAGAGAUCAGGGGUCAGAUCAACCAGGCCAUAGAGAAGUUUGAGGAGUCCAUAGAGUCACAGCAAGAGUGGCGUCAGUUCCAUCACUUGUGUUACUGGGAGCUCAUGUGGUGCCACUGUUUCAAGGGCGACUGGUUGAUGGGCAUGAAGUAUGCGGAGAUCCUGUGCAAGGAGAGUCGCUGGAGCAAGGCCACAUAUACGUAUCAGAAGGCCGCUUUCCUCAUGAUGUGUGGGGAUCAGACACAGGAGUCCAAGGACCACCUGCAGUUCCUUAUGAGAGAAGUUCCACGACUGAAGCAGAGGAUAGCUGGCAAGUCGAUACCUAUCGAGAAGUUUGCAGUCAGCAAGGCCAAGAGAUUCCUAGACCAGAAUUGUUACCUUACACUGCCAGCUUUAGAAUUAAUCUACACUUGGAAUGGCUUCAACAUCAUCGGCACCAGGCAAGACCUCCUAGAACCUAUUAUUGUAACCAUAGAAACAACUAUCAACAAAAUACUCAGCAAUAAAGACUCGUACCCUCACUAUAUGGACGAGUAUUGCCUGGUGUUGCUACUCAAGGGGGUGUGUCAGAAAUUCAGGGGACAGUUUCUGCAGGCAGAACAGUGCUUCCUGGAAAUCAUAGCCAAUGAGAAGAAGAUCAAGAUGGACACGUACAUUCCGCCCUGUGCCACUGUGGAGAUGGCCAUACUGUGUCUGGAACAGAGACGUCUGCAAGAGGUGCAGACCUUCCUGGAUAGGGCAAAGAGGAACUUCAGAGGGUACCUGCUGGAGUCCCGACUCCAUUUCCGCAUCCACGCUACCCGCCUCAGUCUCAGUCAGCUGAUGGGUGAGGAUUCCCUCUCCAACACACCCAGUAGAGAUGAGAAUCAGAGUUGUAGCCCCUUGCCCUCACCCACACAGGAGGCUGCCUCCUUUGGAUACACUGAGGCCCUUGGGAAUGGCGUUAACACUGCAAACUCAACAUCUUUGGUGGAAGAAUUGUGACCUGUUACUUUUAAAUUGUCUUUUUGUAUCCUAUCUUGGUAAAUAUUUCAGGGAAUGUAUGGUUAUUUAUUGUACAUGUGCAAUUAUUUUGUAAGAAGAGCUGAAUGCUAGUUUGUAAAAACUGAUUUUUGUUUUUUAAGUGUUUCACCUUACCAAUCAUGAAAAGGUCCAUCAUGUUCAUUUUGUGAUAACUUUUUUAUUUUUUCUAAUACUCAGGGUAGCUAUAAUUACCCAUCUCGUAUACCAUACAAACAGUGUGAGAGGCAUAUAUUGGAUUCACUCUGUCAUUUGGUGUGUCUGCAAAUAUAUUUUUAGCUCACCUGAUUGCUCAGGUGAGCUUUUUUGACCGGUCUUUGUCCGUCAUCUGUCCGUCCGUCCACAUUUGUUCGUAAACACUCUAGAGGCCACAUUUAUUGUCCGAUCUUCAUGAAACUUGGUCAGAAGCUUCGUCCCAAUGAAAUCUCGGUCGAGUUCGUAACUGGGUCAUGCCGGGUCAAAAACUAGGACACUAGGUAAAAAAAAAGAAAAAACUUUUAAACACUGUAGAAGUCACAUUUCAUGCCCAAUCUUCAUGUAACUUUGUCAAAAUUUUGUCUUAAUGAUAUGUUGGUUGAGUUCAAAAGUGGUUCCGGUCUGUUGAAAAACAUUGCUGCCAGUGGGCAGAGCAGUUUUCCUUAUUUGGCUAAAGAGAAACCUUGUAAACACUCUAGAAGUCACAAUUUUUGCCCAAUCAUCAUGUAAGUUGGUCAAAACAUUGGUUUUAUUGAUUUCUCUGACGAGUUCGAAAAUGGUCCAGAUCGGUGAAAAAACAUGUCCACCAGUGGGCGGGGCAUUUUUCUCUAUAUGUAUAUAGUGAAAACAUGUGAACACUCUAGAAGUCACAUUUUUGGCCCAAUUUUCAUGAAAUUUGGUCAGAACAUUUGUUUCCUUGAUAUGAGGGUUGAGUUCGAAAAUGGUUCCGGUCAGUUGAAUAACAUGGCUGCCGGGGGGGGGGGGGAGUUUUCCUUAUUUUGCUAUAGAGAAACCAUGUAAACACUUUAGAAGUCACAAUUUUUGCCCAUUCAUCAUGAACGUUGGUGGAAACAUUGUUUUUUUUUAUAUCUCGGACGAGUUUGAAAAUGGUCCAGAUUGGUGAAAAACAUGGCCGCCAGUGGGUGGGGCAUUGUUCUCUAUAUGUAUAUAGUGAAAACAUGUGAACACUCUUAGAAGUCACAUUUUUGGCCCAAUUUUCAUGAAAUUUGGUCAGAAUAUUUGUUUCCUUGAUAUGAGAGCUGAGUUCGAAAAUGGUUCUGGUCAGUUGAAUAACAUGGCUGCCGGGGGGGGGGGGGCAGUUUUCCUUAUUUGGCUAUAGAGAAACCUUGUAAACACUCUAGAAGUCACAAUUUUUGCCCAAUCAUCAUGAAAGUUUGUCAAAACAUUGGUUUUAUUGAUAUCUCGGAGGAGUUUGAAAAUGGUCCAGAUCGGUGAAAAAACAUGGCCGGCAAUGGGCGGGGCAUUUUUCUCUAUAUGUAUAUAGUGAAAACAUGUGAACACUCUAGAAGUCAUAUUUUUGGCCCAAUUUUCAUGAAAUUCGGUCAGAACAUUCGUUUCCUUGAUAUGAGAGUGAGUUCAAAAAUGGUUCCGGUCAGUUGAAUAACAUGGCUGCCGGGGGGGGGGGGGGUUUCUUAUAUUUAUACAUAGAUAAAAAACUUUAUGAACACUCUAGAAGUCACAUUUUUUGCCCAAUCAUCAUGAAACUUGGUGAAAAGAUUGGUUUUAUAUAUAUCACAUAAUUAAUGCCAUAAUUAUUGCCCUUAGAUUGUCCAAAUUUUCAUAUUAUACAAAAUCCUUGUAAACACUAGAGGUCACAAUUUUGUUUCAAAUGUUAUGAAUCUUGGUCUUAAUAUUUAUUUUUGUAAGCAAAGUUUGAUGUUUGGUAAGGGGGUUCAACUCAAAAUAUAGGUCACCAGGUCAAAUCUUACAAAAACAAAAACACUCCAUAUGCCAGAGUUUUGAUUCAAUAAUGAUGAAACUUGACCAGGAUGAUUGUCUGGACAAUAUCUAGGUCAAGUUAGACGUUUGGUAAACAUUGAAUGAAUCAACUCCUCUCAGGUGAGCGAACUAGGGCCAUCUUGGCCCUCUUGUUAAAUUUAAGACCGAUAUCUUCUACAUUUCUCAAGCGAUUAUAUCCAAACUUUAAUAUCUCUACUGACCACGAAGUGCUUAAGGUGAGCUAUUGUUAUCACACUGACAUCCGUGGUCGUGUUGCGUCAUCAAUUUUUGGUUUCUUUCUACCCUAGGCCACAUUUUCAUCCAAUAUGUAUGAAACUUUGUCAGAUUGUUAAUUGGGAUAAUUUAUUGGUAAAGUUCGAAUCUGGGUCACGUGUACAAAACCAAAGGUCACCAGGUCAAAUCUCAGAAAAACCUCUUAAGCUCUCUAGAGACCAUAUUUAUAACUAAAGCUUGAUCAAUUUAAGUAAAAAUGUUUAAAUUGACAAUAUAUAGGCCAAGUUUCAGGAUGGGCAAAUCUGAAAAUAAUGUUCCCACUCUAGAGGCCACAUAUAUGACUCAGUCUUGAUGAAAAUAUAUAGAAUGUUUGACAAAAGGGGUAAAAAACUAGAUCAUCAAGUUUUCCCCAGCAGGUUUUCUUGAAUUCUGAUGAGGGCUUAAGGGCCAUCAAGGCCCUCUUGUUUUAGAGUUAUUGACCCUUGCAUUUUCAUGCUGAUUGCUGCUUUGCCGUUGACAAAACUGUGCUGGGGUAUUGCUAUGUUUGUGACAAAAAUCUAGUUUAUUUUCCUGUAAUUAAAAUCAUGAUUAGUUUUCAACCUCAUUUAUGUGAUAGAAAACAUAUUCAAAAUCUGUUUUUAACUCGCCUUAGCACAUAGUGGUUCUGUGAAGAUUUUAGGAUACCGUGUAUCUAUCGUAUGCCAAUGCGCCCAUGUGUGUCUAUUAAAACCUGUUCUUCAAACAGGGUCUCCUGAACUGCUGGGCAGAUUUUAUGAAGAAAAUAACAUUGUUUCGUCACAAUGUUAAAGGCUUAAAUUUGUGUAUUUAAUUUAUUUGCUGUCUGGGAUAUGUUGUUGUUUCAUAAAAUCAAUUGUGCUCCAUUUGCAUUCCAGGCCACUAACUUAAUUAAAAGAGCAUGUUUUGUGGGACAUAAAAGGAAAUUCUUGUUACAUUCCUUGUCCGCUCUCAUUUUUUGUUUGUUAGAUAGGUGACUUAUACAAAUUUUAGGUUUUGAAGUUCUUGAUUCCAUAUUUUUGAAAGUUUUUGAUAUCAUUGUUACAAAACCAUUUAAGUCUUAGUUAUAUUCAUCUUUAUAAAGGUGAAUGAUACAGGACUUUUCAACAUCUAAGUUUUGAAGUCCUUGAUUCCAUGGUAUUCUUGGAGUUAUUUGAUAUCAGUGUUUCAAUACCAUUUCAGAACUCAGUCAUAAAUACAUCUUUAUAUGUUAAUCUCUUUGAUGUUUGUAUUGUUUGAAGUAUUAUUUUCAAAUUUAGGGUACAUUUUUUGCAUGAUAUUGAAUCAAAUAUUGAUAAUUUCUUGGGGUUUUAAACGUUAACAACAAAAUCGAACCAUUAUAUACUGAAGUGCAGUAGUUUUGACCAUUUUACGGUGCAAUCCUAUGACACAUGCAAUACCAGUUUUCCUACGAACUGAACUGUUACUCAUCAUGUAGAAGAGAUAUGCUACCUUUGUAUAUUCAUCGUAUUUGUGUUUAUUUCAUAGAUGAAUACCCUUAUUAUCUGCCAAAAAUAUGCAUUGUAUGAUUGCUGUUUUAAUUGUAUUAUAUGAUGUUUAUGCUUUUUAAUGGCAAAGUAACUAAAAUGUGUUACCAUAGAUACGGGUCUUAUCAAAUAACUAGCUAUGUCCAUUUAGUUUUGUUGAAACUUAUUCUAUUUUUAUAUCAGUUUGGAAAGAGGAGUAAAACGUCAUCAUGGAUUUGAAUCUAUUGAUACUGUAGUGGUAUGUUUAUCACAUUGGUGUUUUAGGUAGAGUGUUUGUUGUUGACCCUGUUGAAACUUUUAUAUUAUUGAACACUUGAAUCUUAAACUUAACAUUCUGACAAUAUUCAGAAUAGCUGAAAUGAAAGACAGAAUGUUUUACGUGGUGUUAUUGCAUGAAUAGAUGCAGAAUGUCAGUCGCAGUAUACCAGUUACUGAUGCAAGCUAAAAAUGUGCCGUGUUCGGGCAUAGCUGACUAAAUGCAUUUGCAAAGUGUUUAGAUGAUCAGAGACAAUUCUUUCUGUCAUGACUGGAUUAAAUUUUGGAAUUGAUUUACUUUAAAUGAAAAAUUUCAUAAAGUGGAAAUAUAUACCUUUGUAGUCAGCACAGUAUAAUAAGAGACCAUAUUUUACACACAUGCAUUAAGGUAUUUCAAGAAUUUGGCUUAAAUGAUCGUUCUGUCUCUCUGUUUGUCUAAGAUUAAUUUGAAGUUAAUCUAUAAGAUUAUUGAAACCAUUUACCAGGUUUAACCACUAUAUUAUUAACUUUGAAGAUUGCCCUGUAGAGACUGGUCAAUGUCAAGGAAUCAUCCCAUGUGUGUAUUGCCCUGUAGAGACUGGUCAAUGUUAAGGAAUCAUCCCAUGUGUGUAUUGCCCAGUAGAGACUGGUCAAUGUCAAGGAAUCUGUGUUUUGCCCUGUAGAGACUGGUCAAUGUCAAGGAAUCAUCCCAUGUGUGUAUUGCCCUGUAAAGACUGGUCAAUGUCAAGGAAUCAUCCCAUGUGUGUAUUGCCCUGUAGAGACUGGUCAAUGUCAAGGAAUCAUCCCAUGUGUGUAUUGCCCUGUAAAGAC